AUUAUUUAAAUCAACCGUUUAAGAAACUUGUACUACAUCCCACUAUAUAUUUUUUUAUGUUUUACUAUUUAUGCCCUGCUCCCAUUGUUUUUAACAAGGUCUGGAUUAUCCAUCAAGGAUUAUAAUAACGGACAAAAAAUACAAAUUGGAACAUACACGAAAUUUCUAUAAAUUUCUAUCAAUCUUUUAAUAGGAUCGUUAUUUCAUAACACUCAAUUUCAACUACCCGUCUCGCAUUCCACUCGCUUAAAGAGAAAUACCCUUUGACAAUACUCUGUCUGUUGACUGGACAAUGAAGUUUUGCAGUAUGAACGGCCCAAGUGAAUCGGAAGUUGAAAGCCUACUGAUGAGCCCCUGUUGGGGACCCACACAGACCGGCAGCGCUCAGGAUCAGUACCUGCUGGAUGGACAUAAGUUGCUGUUGGAACACGAUUUGGAUUCGCUACCAAGUGAUGCAGAUCAGAAGAAUUCGAUGGAUGUUUUGGAUAAUUUAUUAAUGAACAGCUCAUCGCUGAAUGCAUUGUCAGACUUGAAACCAUUACCACCAUUUACAGGAUAUACAGGACAUUUGUCGAUCAAUGGUAUAUCUGGGCAUCAUUAUCAUGCCAUUGCCCAGCGACUGCCCGACGAGAGUAAUAAUAAUUAUAUACAGAGUGCCUAUCAGAACAACAACAAUAACAGUAAUCCCACCUCUACGACGCCUUCCGGCUCCUGCAAUGGAUCAUCCAAUGAGCACAACAUAGUCUCCUCCUCCACCUGCCUACCGGAAAGCGUGCUAAGUGGUACAGGUGGCGAUAACUGCGCGAAUUCAUGUCUGGGUGAUGUUAAACUAUUUGCCGAUAGUCAAUUAGAUUCUAAGCUUUACUCAGCGGACAGUUGUGUGAUGAACGGGGGUGGAGGAAAUGGUAGCAGCUCUGCUCUCACACCCAUCGAUCAAGUAGCGGACUCACUACAUGGAAGCGGUGUACGCAUUUAUAAGGAUCUAACGGAAUAUGUUGAUAUGAACUCCAUUGACGAUAUAGCUGCAAUUAUAGGAUCAGCAAUAGCCGACACUACAGUCCCCAAUCAACUCGAUAAGGAAGAGGGCACUGAUACCCGUGAUAGUUGGAUGGAUCUUGAUGCCUGGAUCGAUGGUAAUUGCAUACAACCCGAAGCCAAAGUUUUGGUAUCCUCCCAUCAUCAACAGGAUACGUUAAGUGAAUUUAUUUUGCCGCAUUCACCGUUGCCCAUGCAUGCUGCAAGUAGUUCUACAUUGCAAAGCCUUCUCAGUCACGGCUAUAUGCCCCUUUUGCAAAAUCGCCUACAACAUGGACCACCUCCAUCCAGCACCAACACCAGCGGCAACAGCAACAACAACAGCACAUCAACAAAUUGUAUCAAAAGUGAAGCAGCACCCAGCAGCUCUACCUCAUACUGCACCGAACAACAACAACAGCAGCAACAACACCUCAGCAGUAGUUGUAGCCCACCUGGUUCGGUGGUAAGCACUACGGAUAAUACAUUAAUGAUUAAUCCGCGUUAUCUUACCCAAACACAAACAAAUCCUAAUCAGAAUCAACAGCCCACAUAUCAAUUACCUUCUGCAAAUGCUUUAAGUUUGCCAACAAAUUCGCUUAAAGAUAAUGGUUUAUGUUCACCCGAAAUGCUUGGCAACUAUCCACACACUACCACAACAUCAUCAUCAUCGAUAUCGGCAUCGACAAAUUCUGGUAGUGGUACUCCCAAAGCGAAAAGAUCGAGAGCUCAAAAGAAAAACAACCAGCAACAUUCACAUCAUUCCACAUCGGGGGAGAAUAUCAACGGACCAUCCACGACAAAUUCUUCUUCAACAUCUUCCCAACUUGGUGCCCUUUCACCGCCGUCCAGUGUCCAAGGUAGUUUUAGUGCCAGUGAUUUGAGCGGGCUUCUUGGCAAGGAGAAGCCUGUGCAUCGUUGCAGCAUCUGCAAUCGGGGUUUCCUUAAUAAAUCAAACAUUAAGGUACAUUUGCGUACACAUACGGGCGAGAAGCCCUUUCGUUGCGAAGUCUGUGCGAAAGCUUUUCGGCAGAAGGCGCAUUUGCUCAAACAUCAACAGAUACAUAAGAGAAUUGGGCGUGACUGAGACUUGAUUUUAAAAUUUAAUCAUUUCCUUUUACUCGCUGGCCAAUAACGAAGCUAGCAACCAAAAAAAAAAAAAUGAACAUGAAUUGGAAUAGAGUAUAGAAAACCGCUAACGCACUCUGAGUGCGUACCAAGACGUUUCUGCUCUAUUGCAGGGAAGGCGCCUACUCUAAGUAACCUAAUCAAUGGUUAAAUAUGUAUAUAUCUUAAACUAUCUGAUUAGCUGCUACUUAAUAGACGUUUUCCCAUGUGUUCUGUGUGUGAGAUUGCUUGACUAGUGACCCAAUGGAAGCUUUGGUGAAGCAAUCUUAUACACGAACAUUUUGUAUACUUUCGUUGUUGUUGGUUGCUUUUGAUCUCUUUACAGAUUAGUCGUUAUAUAGGAUAAAUUUAAAAUCAAAAGUUUAGAACUUGUAUGCAGGUAUUGGAUUAAAAUCGUUUAUCCGAGUCUAAUUGAUCUGAAAGACGAUCUACCAAAUAGGAGUCCCAUCUUCUCAGUCUACUGGUUUCCGGUAAUUUAAUUUCUUCAACCUACUACCUCCACUGGCAAAGAGUUUUAUACUCGAAGUAAAGAAUGUGCAUUAAACGAUUAAAUUAGUUAGUUUUGCUGCUAAACGACAAACAUCUAAAGAGACCACAAGCAAUGUAAGAACAACGAAGCGUCCAAUUGUCUUUCUGCAACUGUUGUUUCGUUUUGAGUAAAUCAUGAUAGGGAACACCUGGAACAGCUAUAAGCAAAAUAAUAAAUAGCAAGUAGAUAUUUGGAUUUAUUGAUCAUGUACCUCAUCUUGUUGAAAACUUUAAGUGUAUAGCAAUAAAAUUUUAAAAAUAAUUUUAUCAUUAAAUGUACAAAUAGUUACAAAUUACAAUUGACAAACAUACAUAUUUAAAAUUAAAAACAUAAAACAUAGAAUUAAGACUUUGAAGCGGGCUUGGCAAAAUAUUUCGAAUUAAACAAUACAAAAGUAAUAUCCAAAUUAAAAAUAUACAUAUUUAUUAUACUUUCUAGCAAAGUACUCAAGUAAUAUU